AUGUCGUCGCAGACCAUGACGGCGCCAGCAGUGGGCCAUCGACCGCCAGAUCCCGGUCCAGAUACGCCCAUGUACGACUAUGGCGGCCCCCAGCACAAGGACCCCUCACCCCCGAUCGAGUCCAGGAGUGACUCCGCAACCCGCGACAUGCAUAAUUCUGCCCCAAUAUCCCAAUCCCAAUCCUCGCCCCAAUCUCAAGGCGUCGCCGCCACCGCCGUCGGCAUCAAAAAGGAACCAGUCGAAGAUCACAACAUGGCUGGUUCUGAGUCACAACAGGCUAUCAACACCCAAGCCGCUGCGGGUGCGCUGCUGGCGCAACUCCUCGGCAAUCAACCGAAUCAAUCCGCGGCCUCGGAUUCUGCCCCGACACCAUCUAUCGAGACGCCAGCCGACACCGGGACGGUAGACGUGACGCAAGAAUCACAGGAUGUCAAGAUGAGUGGUCAUGGCGGUGCUUCAGAUCAGAAGCCGAGUUCGACGGGCGAGAAUCUGCUUGGCUUUAAUCUCACCAACGACGGGGAUCAACCCUCGGCUGCGUCAGGAGUGCAGAAUGAUGUGGAUGGGAACAAAUCGUCCGACGCUGGCUUUGCGCAAUUCGGCACAACCUCACAUGCGGACAAACCUUUGACUCGCCGUGAUUCUAACGCGAUGGAUCUAGCAAAUCCGCUCAUUCACCCCGAGACCGAACCGGGCGACCAGCCGUCCUUGCUUCCUGCUUUCGACUUCAACGCGGCCCCGAAGAAUCCCUUCGAGGCCCUUCAACAAAACGAAAUGCUGACAGCGGCCUAUCUUUCACAAGGGACGGACCUUUCCGCAUUGGGAUACCAGGACGGGUCGGCCUCAAUAGCAGGGUCUGAGCCCCGGAUUCAGGCCUUCGCAAAGCUGGAAUUUGACGAUGGGCAUUUCUACUGCAACACGUACUCUUUCAUCCUGGGUCGUGAUGUCCGUGCAGCACGAGCUGCGCAUCAGCGCGAGUAUCAGUAUCGGCAGGCCGUGCGGAGCUCUCGCGCAAAGAGCUCCAGUGGCGGUCACAAUUCUCAGACUCCGAACCGGAUAAGGCGAGAGGGAAGCGCCGCGGUGAUGGGUAGUGUGGUCAGUGAUCGCGGAGGCAUCAUGGGCUUUGAUCCCGACGUGCCGCCUAACAUCCCCGGCAACAACUUGGCUGGCAAGAUGGACCUGAGUCGGCAAUCAAGGCGGUCUUCAUUUGACGGAUCCGGGGCUCCAUUGCACGCCAACCCAGCACAAUUGCAGGCGCCGACGGACUAUAAUGCGCUUGCCUUGCAGUCUCUGCAUGACGCGAACAAUGAUCCCAAACCAGUGGACACAUUGGCGCUGCUUCCUUCUCCCGACUCCUGUCCUACUAUCCCAAUUCACCCGCCCUCGACAAUAGACGGUACCGCGGCAGGCCAUCGAGGUAUUUCCCGCCGCCACGUUCGCAUCGCUUACAAUUUUGACCGAAAUUUGUUCGAGAUGGAAGUAAUGGGCCGGAAUGGAGCCUUUAUUGGUGCUGACUGGCUCUCUCCGGGGCAAGUCAGGCCACUGCAUAGCGGUGAUUACAUUCAGAUAGGGGGCGUCCGCAUUCGGUUUCUGCUCCCAGAUGUUCCCAUUGGUGAGACGGGUGCAGAUCGCAUCGAGGAGCAGGUGGUGGAAGAGGAAGAAGCGGACCGUGGUUCAGUUGAUGCCGAACAUGAGAUCGAUGAUACAGAGAGGCCCAACAGUGACAGCGAAAGUAGGGAGCCACCUUCAAAGGUGACCAAGCUCAUCCUCAAAACAAAGGACGCGGAUUCAUCCAAGCCUAUGUCUUCUGUGGAGACUGGCGGAGAGAGCGGUCAACCCCAACGGCGGAGAGGUCCUGGACGACCUCCCAAGGAUGGGAUCAUGUCGAAACGCGAAAGAGCCGAGUUGGCGAGAGAGCAGAAGAUGGCCGCGAAGCGUGAGGCGAAUGGCGGCAUCACUCCACCUCCGCCCGCGGUACCUAUCAAGACCAACGGCAAGGCAGGGAAGACCGUCAGGGAGUCUGUCACCGCGGAGUCUCCCCCGUCUUCUGCCAAGCCAGCCGAGAAGCGUAAGUACACGAAGAGGAAGAAGGGCGAAGGGAUGGACUAUCCGCUGCCAUCCACGGAAGGAGGGCAGUUCACGACCGAGCAUCGAGCGGACGAAUACGUCAAGCCUCCGCCGGUCAAGAAACGGAAACCCUCACGCUCGCCAUCUCCCAACUAUCCACCAGAAUCUGCGUAUAGCCCAGAGGAUCUGGCCAAGCCACCAUAUAACUAUGCAGUGCUCAUCUUUGAUGCGCUCACAGAAGCCGGCAAUCCGAUGACGCUGAAGCAGAUAUACCGUGCGCUGAAGUUGAAAUAUCCAUAUUUCCGCUUCAAGUGUGAGACAGAAGGAUGGACGUCUAGUGUACGGCACAAUCUCAAUGGCAAUAGCCACCUCUUUAUGCACGCCGAGCGAGACGGCAAGGGCUGGUCCUGGCAGCUUCGCCCUGGUGCGUCGGUUGAGAAGGAGAAAAAGAGACGUCCAUCGCCUCCUCCGCCUCAGACUCAAGCGCCUGUGCCGACUCCCCAGCAGUAUAUGCACCCAAUGUCCCAUUCUUACGUACCUCCUCCAUCGGUCACGGCUGGUUCAUUGCAAAAUCAACAUCCGCAUCCGCAUUCGCAGCCUCUUGCACAUCCAAAUUCGCAUCAACAGCAUCAGUUCCAGCACCAGCAUCAGCUUCAGCAAACGCAACCGCAACAGCCACAGCAACCGCAACAUCAGCCGCCGCCGCAGCAACAACAACAGCAGCAGCAGCAGCCGCAGCAAUUCCAAUUUCCAUCAAUCCCCUCCUCCAAUUCUUUUGUUGCAUCUUCAGCGCCCUCCCAGCAACAGCACUCUAGCCCUUAUCCUCUUCCCACCAUGUCUUCCGCUCCUCCCCGUCCCACUCCUCCCGCUUCGGCUGCUGCUAUUGCUCCCGCUGCUUCUGCCCCUGUCUCUGCUCCAGCUCCAGUUUCUGCUGCUGCUCCAUCUUCUGCAUCGACUCCCGCUUCCGUCCCAGCCUCUGCACCGACUUCCGCAUCUGUUCCUGCUCCUGCUCCCGCCCCCGCUCCCGCUCCUGGUCCUGCUGCUCCUGCCCCUACUGCCACUGCCACUACUACCGCUACCACUACCGCUACCGCUUCAACUGGCCCUGCUACUCCUACUGCCGCUACUACUGCCACUCUCCCUACCGCGGUUUCUGCACCUGCUCCUAUCGCUCAAACGCCGGUACCCGCAUCUGCACCGACCCCAGUGCCAACGCCAUCGUCAGGUCCACCGCGUAGUGCAGCUGUUGCUCCACCAAUUCCUGCACCUACCCCUGCACCUGCGCCUGCCUCGUUCCCUAUUCCAAGUGCACUUCGCGGUAAUCUACCCGCUGCAUUUGCUCGGACCACUCCUAGAGCAUACACAUCGCCCUAUGCUUCCAAUCCACCUCCGCACGCUCCUCAGCAGCAGCAGCAGCAGCAGCAACAUCCUCCGCAGACGACAUUGUCCCGAGCACCAUCACAGUCAUCUCCGGGUAUGUCGGGCCAGCAGCCUCCACAGCAGCAUCAGCAAGCGCAGCAUCACUCUCCAUACCCUUCGACCCCCAAACCACCCAGCACUCCUCAGCCCCAUCACAAUGUGCAACCCCCGACGUACCCUCCACCCAACAUGCCUCAGUACCAGACUCAGCACCAGCACUCCAUCCAACAGCCCGUCCAAAUGCAGCACCAGCAGCAUCGGCAACAUCAGCCAAACUCCCACCAACCGCCUCCAUCGCAUCAACAUAUCCCACCACCGCACCACCAGACACAUCAACCUCAUCACCCUCCACCACCGGGGCCCCCAAAUCAUCAUCAUCAGCCGCUCCCGCAGCACCAGCCUCAGCACCACGUUAUGGCUGGUGGUCUGGCUCCCCCCGCUCCUCCCGAGUCGCCGUCUUUCACUGAGCGCGCGAACAAGGCCAUUGAUGACUUUGAGAACGUGCUCAUGGAAGACUACGAGGAUAAGAACUACAUCCGCGAGGUUCUUCGGAGCGCGCGUGCUCGAGUUCUGGGUAACGCGACUGAGAGUUCCUUUCCUGGUGGUGAGCCUAAAGAUGAGGCGGUCAUCAUGGACGUGUUGCGCAAUCUGGUGGGAAGUCUGAAGGAAGAAUCCACCGACUAG